AUGGGCGAAUGGACGGGUAGUAAGACCGAAGAAUACGUUCUAAAAGAUGGGAUUAGAAUCCUUUUUCUUGGAGAAACCUUCCUCUGUCACAUCAACCUCCACAAUGAAAGCGGAGUGGAAUGUAAAAAUGUAGUUCUCAAGCUCAAGCAUCAAGACUGCCUGAGACUCACCGCUCCAGCUCUAGGCCAAAGUGCUCCCUUCGUUGACGUUUCAAGCUGUUGUCUGCACCACUGCAUACCUUCUCAAAUGCGCUCACAACUUGUCAGUUUCUCGGUUGCCUACUGCUUCAUCCAAGUUGCUUGUGCAAUGUUAUAUCUACGAGGAUGA